CGUGGUUACCAGGGGAACGCGAUUUUGAAAAAGUUGGAGCCGAGUGUCAUGCAGUGUGCGUUUAGGAGAAAAUCAACGCCGGUUGCAAGUCUAUAUUCCCUUUUAAAAUUUAAUAAACGCUCAGCAACAUUUCCAAAUGAAGGGAAAAAGGUAACGUGGUGGUACCACCGUACUGGGACUUUACUUACUUCAAAUACAAGGUACUAGAGCUGUGGAAUCUUGGACUUCCUUCAAAAUGCCAUCCAGUCAGAUUCUUCAGCCAGUCCUCAAGAUGAAGGUGGAUGAGCUCUUCCUCACUUGGUUGAGCGAGCCCAAAACCCAGGCGAUGCUCAAGAACUACCUUGACCUCAUGAAAAGCGGGCAUCACGCUGAUUUAAGCAAUAUGGGCAUCAAGGAGAAGUGCACUUUGACCUUCAAGCAAAACAACAAUGUGGCAUUCGAAAAGAACUUGACAGAGAAGAAACCAGCCACUUUAACUUUCAACCUGUCCUUGAGUCCACCUUGUGCUUCUCCUCUACCCUCAGGAUGCAGCUCCAGCACCAGAGUGACGGGACCGCACGGCAGGAUCUUAAGGAGGUCCGUCAGCUCCAAAAAGGCGCAGGUGAGGACAGAGGAGCCCGUCAGCCGUGCCCUGAGCGAAAGCAUUCCAAAGUUUCACUUCCCGCAAGGUCGGCCCCAAGCCAACGUUAACAUCGACAGCCUCAUUUCCAAAAUUGAGGCGACGUUCUGCCAAUUCCCCAAUGAAAGGGCUACCAUUGAGGACAUGGGGCAGGUUGCCAAGGCCUGCGAGUGUCCCCUCUACUGGAAGGUCCCAUUGUUCUGCGCGGCCGGGGGCGACAGGACGGGCUUCGUGUCCGUGCACAAGUUUGUGGCCAUGUGGCGCAAAACGCUGCAGACCUGUCACGAUGAGGCCGCCAAAUUUGUCCACCUCCUGGCCAAGCCUGGCUGCAAUUACCUGGAACAAGACGACUUUAUUCCCUUUCUGCAGGAUGUGGUGAACUCUCACGCGGGCCUGGCUUUCCUGAAGGAGGCAGCGGACUUUCACUCCCGAUACAUCACCACGGUGAUCCAAAGGAUAUUUUACACUGUCAACCGCUCGUGGAAUGGAAAAAUAACACGCCACGAACUCCGGAAAAGUAACUUCCUUCAGAACGUGGCGUUGCUGGAGCAAGAAGAAGACGUGAACCAGCUUACUGAGUUCUUCUCCUACGAGCACUUCUACGUCAUCUACUGCAAGUUCUGGGAGCUGGACACUGACCACGACUUGUACAUCGACCCCAAGGACCUAGCGCAGCAUAACGACCAAGCCAUCUCCCAAAAGAUGAUUGAGAGGAUAUUCUCAGGAACAGUCACAAGGGACCGGCGUGUCUUCAAGGAAGGCCGCUUGAGUUACGCGGACUUCGUGUGGUUCCUCAUCUCCGAAGAGGACAAGAAGACGGACACCAGUAUAGAGUACUGGUUCCGUUGCAUGGACCUGGACGGCGACGGUGUGCUGAGCAUGCAUGAGAUGGAGUACUUCUAUGAGGAGCAGUGUCAGAAGCUGGAGAGCAUGGCCAUCGAACCGCUUCCCUUUGAGGACUGCCUCUGCCAGAUGCUUGACCUCGUCAAGCCUCGCCUCGAAGGCAAGAUAACGCUGAGGGACCUGAAGAGGUGCAAGAUGUCCCACAUCUUCUUUGAUACUUUCUUCAACAUUGAGAAGUACUUGGACCACGAGCAGCGGGACCCCUUCUCCGUCAUCAGGGAAGUGGAGCCAGAGGGACAGGAAGUCUCCGACUGGGAGCGAUACGCCGCGGAGGAGUACGACAUUCUGGUGGCCGAAGAGGCUGCCGGGAAUAACUGCGACGACGUGUACGAAACCCCGCUGAGUCCCGUGGAAGCGCACAUCUCGGCCGACCUGGGUCUGACGAAAAGACACUUCUUCCAGAUACCUUCACCCCACUGCAACCUGAACCUAGAUGACUACGAGUAUGAGGAUGACUUUGAAUGAGCGAGUGCCGUACCCCCAAUACCCGAGUCUUUAUGUUCACACAAAGCAAAAUACUGACAGCCAACUGCAGCUUCUUCUUGGCACAUUUGACUUUUUACACUUUAGACUCAAUGAACAAGUUGCAAUGUCAUCACAAACUCCACCUCUGUCCCGUCCAUUGGUUCACUAUACAUUCCAGUGAUCAUGCCGGAAGCUUCUGUACAACAAAAUGUCGAGUCAUCAUAUUGGACACGUGUGUAUCAAAGUGUGUGUGAGAUGGGCCUUGUAAUUUAUUAGAUGAAUUUAUAAAUAUAUUCAGGUGUAAAUAUUGUUUGCUGUGAUGUAAAUGAUUUGGACAAGUUGAAAGACAGUGUUUUCUAUGUAAUAAAGUUAAUAAAGCCUCA